GAAAACGUUGCGGUCCUGAACAGAUGGGUUGGUACCCUCGCCCUGCCCUGCUCCGGGGAGAGAGUUGCACCGUGGACCACUUGCAACGUUGCUGGCUGGGGCCGGACUCUGCCCACUGUUGAUUGUCUCUCGGACACGCUCCAGGAAGUGGACGUGGUGGUGGUGCCGGAUGCCACAUGUCUGAGACACCCGUACAAGCCGUACCGUCACUAUAACCCGUGCAGCAUGAUGUGUGUGGGGGACCCAGCCUUUCUGAAUGACUCGGCCAAGGGCGACUCCGGGGGCCCCCUGGUGUGUGGGGGAAAAGCCCAGGGCAUCGUCUCCUGGGGGAUUUGCAAAGCUCCCUCCGUGUGAGAUCAUCGGGGGAUGGGAAGCCCAGCCCCACUCCAGACCCUACAUGGCCUAUCUGCGUAUACGACGUGGAGACAAGAUUUCGGGCUGCGGCGGGUUCCUGGUGGCGGAGAACUUUGUGCUGACGGCCGCUCACUGCCAGGGAGACAGGAUCACUGUUGUCCUGGGAGCCCAUAACAUGGGCCAAUGUGAACGGAGCCAGCAAGAGAUCCCCGUGUGCAGGAAGAUCCCCCAUCAGCAGUACAACAGGGAGACAUUACACAACGACAUCAUGCUGCUGCAGCUGAGUCGCAAUGCGACACUGACCAGGGAAGUGGGCCUGGUCCGUUUAACGACUGGUCAUCGCAGAGUGAGCCCAGGGACCAUGUGCAAUGUGGCUGGCUGGGGUCGGACCAGCUUUACCACAAGAACCAACACUCUUCGGGAAGUGAACCUGUCGGUGGUGACUGAUCGUCUCUGUCAGAAGCGGUACCAUUUCUAUUUGCCUUCCACCAUGCUGUGUGUAGGGGACCCCCGGUACCGAAAGUCCAUUUACAUGGGCGAUUCUGGGGGCCCUCUUGUGUGCUGUGGAGUGGCUGAAGGCAUCGUCUCCUUUGGAGGCUAUAACAGCAUUGACCCUCCUGCUGGUUACACUCGGAUUUCCCACUUCGUGCCCUGGAUCAAAGCCAACAUGCGCUAAAUCUAGCAACCCUGACCUGAUCUUCUACUAUGCAGCCACCACCUUCUGCUACGCAACCUUCUCCGGGAAACAUGCGAUCAGACCUUCCUCUGAGUCUGGGACCUGCUAUCUACCAUCGAUUUCCCGACCCCGCUGAACCAGCCACUCCACUGCCCUGGGGCUGGACCAGAACUGGCAACCCUUAGAGCAGAAAGCCCAGGGGCAGAGUGUCCGCAUGGCUCAGGUUUCAGGAUUUGAUGGACCAUUCCCCACGUCCCUGACCUCAGGAGUUCGCACCCAGAGAUCCCAUCCCAUCCCUG